AUGCCAAUCACACAGGCUGUCAGUGUCCGGGUCGGUGGCCUGAAUUCUCCAAAUAUGGCACCACCAUCGCUCAAGUUAUGUCGGGGUUCUCAACGCCCCCUCGACCUUCCCCACUUUUUUUGUGACAAGUUGGUGGAGUACCUUCAGAAAUUAACAAAGUUGCAUUUGGUUGCUCAUUGA